AUGAUCUCGACGAUGGCGGUAGUGUGGCUGGCCAACCUGCUCAUCUUGGCGGCGGCGGCAGACGAAUACGUCCGCGACUUGGAAGUGUCAGAAGGAGCGCCAGUGGGAACGAGGAUAGGCUUCAUUGGCGACGGGGCGUCCCCAAACAGCGGUCCGCCGUAUUUGAUCGUGCCCGUGGGAAGUGCCGUCGAAACCGAUCUCUCCAUCGACCAAAACACCGGCGAAAUUCGGACUAAAGUGCCUCUGGAUAGGGAGACCCGCGCGAGUUACCACUUGGUGGCGAUACCGAUGAGUGGGGAUAAUGUCAAAGUGAUUGUUAAAGUUUUGGAUGAGAAUGAUAAUGCGCCGACGUUUCCGAUGGCUGUCAUGAACAUUGAAUUUCCUGAAAAUACGCCUAGAGAUGUGAAGAGGACGUUACAUCCUGCUAGAGAUCUGGAUCUUGAUGUGUAUAAUACUCAGAAGUACAAUAUAAUAUCUGGAAAUAUAAAUAACGCAUUUCGGUUGUCUUCCCAUAGAGAGCGUGAUGGUGUAUUGUAUCUUGACCUUCAAAUUAAUGGGUUUUUAGACAGAGAAACCACUGCAGAUUAUAGUCUAGUCAUUGAAGCUUUGGAUGGAGGUACUCCUCCAUUAAGAGGAGAAAUGACUGUAAACAUAACAAUCCAGGAUGUUAAUGAUAAUCCACCUGUAUUCAAUCAAAGCAGGUAUUUUGCUACGAUCCAAGAGAAUGCAACAGUUGGGACUAAUGUGUUGAGAGUAACAGCUACUGACGCCGACUCUGAAGAAAACGGCCAAGUUGAAUAUUCGAUAAACAGAAGACAAAGUGACAAAGAUAACAUGUUUCGCAUUGAAUCCUCUACAGGUCUUAUAUCAGUCAAUAAGCCGUUGGAUUUUGAAAUAAAAGAAUUACAUGAGUUGGUUAUAGUAGCAAGAGAUCACGGUUUGCAGCCUUUAGAAGCCACGGCGUUUGUUUCGAUAAAAGUGACAGAUGUUAACGACAACCAACCUACCAUAAACGUGAUAUUUUUAAGCGACGAUGCCACUCCGAAGAUAAGUGAAUCUGCUCAACCUGGAGAAUUUGUAGCCAGAAUAAGCGUGCAUGAUCCAGAUUCGAAAACUGACUACUCUAAUGUGAAUGUAACACUUUCUGGAGGAGAUGGACACUUUGGUCUUACUACAAGAGAUAACAUUAUAUAUUUGGUAAUUGUUUCUUUACCGCUAGACAGAGAACUGAAGCCUAAUUAUACUUUGGACGUAGAAGCAACUGACAACGGAAAUCCUCCUCUGCACGCCACAAGAACCAUCGAUCUUCAGGUGACUGAUAUCAACGAUAACGCGCCUGAAUUUGACCACGCUAUUUACCACGCAAAUGUUAUGGAAGUUUCGGACCCAGGAACGUCGGUUCUUCAAGUUCUUGCAAUCGACAAAGAUGAAGGAAACAAUAGUGCGAUAAGUUAUUCUCUUUUGGAUACUCCGGAUACGCAUUCGGGAUGGUUCCGUAUCGAUUCUCGAAGUGGUUUAGUAACAACGCGGGUUCACGUGGAUUGUGAAACUGAUCCAGUGCCAAAAUUGACGGUAGUGGCUACCGAUAACGGAUUUCCUCCGUUGUCUUCGUCAGCCACAGUGUUAGUGACUAUUCAUGACGUCAACGAUAACGAGCCGAUCUUCGACCAGAGCUUUUACAACGUUUCAGUGGCGGAGAAUGAACCGAAAGGACGAUGCAUUUUAAAGAUCGAUUUAUUCGGACUUAUAUUAAACUCUUCAAUAAAUUUUGAUAUUUGA